GAAUUGGGCUUAGUUCUUCAAAACAAAACAAAAAAGACCACAGGCAUCUGUAAGAUGGAGAAUGAGAUUUUUACUCCACUCCUGGAACAUUUCAUGUCCAGUCCCUUGGUCACUUGGGUUAAAACAUUUGGACCUCUGGCCGCAGGAAAUGGGACCAAUCUGGAUGAAUAUGUAGCCCUGGUGGAUGGUGUAUUCUUGAAUCAGGUUAUGCUACAAAUUAAUCCUAAAUCAGAGAGUCAGCGAGUAAAUAAAAAAGUCAACAAUGAUGCCUCACUUAGAAUUCAAAAUUUAUCCAUUUUGGUGAGACAAAUCAAAUCUUAUUACCAGGAGACUUUGCAGCAAUUGAUCAUGAUGUCUUUGCCAAAUAUCUUAACCAUUGGCAAAAAUCCCUUUUCUGAACAAGGUACAGAAGAAAUUAAAAAGCUACUGUUACUUUUACUUGGUUGUGCUGUUCAGUGUCAGAAAAAAGAAGAAUUCAUCGAACGGAUCCAAGGUUUAGAUUUUGACACAAAAGCAACAAUUGCCGCACACAUUCAAGAGGUAACGCAUAAUCAGGAAAAUGUAUUUGAUCUGCAAUGGAUGGACGUGAAUGAUAUUUCUCAGGAAGAACUUGAGCCACUGUUGAAAAAUAUGGCAUCACAUUUAAAAAGACUUAUAGAUGAGAGAGAUGAACACACAGAGACCAUUAUAGAACUCUCUGAGGAGCGGGAUGGUAUUCAUUUUCUACCUCAUGCCUCAUCAGCACAGUCACCUUGCAGCUCUCCAGGCAUGAAGCGGACUGAAAGUAGACAACAUUUAUCAGUAGAACUGGCAGAUGCUAAGGCAAAGAUAAGAAGGCUCAGGCAGGAGUUGGAGGAAAAGACUGAACAAUUGUUAGACUCUAAACAAGAACUUGAACAGAUGGAGACAGAACUAAAGAGACUUCAACAAGAGAAUAUGAACUUGCUUUCGGAUGCUCGCUCCGCCAGAGUAUACCGAGAUGAAUUGGAUGCACUUCGGGAAAAAGCAAUCAGAGUUGACAAGCUUGAAAGCAAAGUCAGCAGAUAUAAAGAGAGGCUACAUGAUAUUGAAUUUUAUAAAGCAAGAGUUGAGGAACUAAAAGAAGACAAUCAAGUAUUAUUGGAAACAAAAAGUAUGUUAGAAGACCAACUAGAAGGAACCCGCACUCGUUCUGAUAAAUUACAUGAAUUAGAAAAAGAGAACUUACAACUGAAGGCUAAACUACAUGAUAUGGAGAUGGAACGUGAUAUGGAUAGAAAAAAGAUUGAAGAGCUAAUGGAAGAAAAUAUGAGUUUGGAAAUGGCACAGAAACAAAGUAUGGAUGAGUCAUUACAUCUUGGCUGGGAAUUGGAACAGAUAUCAAGAACUAGUGAACUCUCAGAAGCACCACAGAAAUCUCUGGGCCAUGAGGUGAAUGAAUUAACAUCAAGUAGAUUAUUGAAAUUAGAAAUGGAAAAUCAGAGUUUGGUGAAGACCAUAGAAGAGCUUCGAAAUGCCGUGGAUUCUGUAGAAAGCAGUAAUUCCAAAAUUCUGAAAAUUGAAAAAGAAAACCAAAGACUUAGUAAGAAGCUGGAAUUUCUUGAGAAUGAAAUUAUUCAAGAAAAGCAAAGUCUUCAGAAUUGUCAAAAUCUGAGCAGGGAUCUAAUGAAGGAGAAAGCACAGUUGGAAAAGACCAUUGAAACACUUCAUGAAAAUUCAGAAAGACAGAUUAAAAUACUGGAACAGGAGAAUGAGCAUUUGAAUCAAACUGUAACAUCCUUAAGGCAGCGAUCACAAAUAAGUGCUGAAGCAAGGGUGAAAGACAUUGAGAAAGAAAAUAAAAUCCUUCAUGAAUCUAUUAAAGAAACAAGCAGCAAGUUAAACAAAAUUGAAUUUGAAAAGCGACAAAUUAAAAAAGAAUUGGAACAUUACAAAGAAAGAGGAGAAAGAACAGAAGAACUUGAGAAUGAGUUGCAUCAUCUUGAAAAGGAAAAUGAAUCAUUACAAAAAAAGAUAACUAAUUUGAAAAUUACCUGUGAGAAAACUGAGACCUUAGAGCUAGAAAAUUCUGAACUGGAAGUAGAAAACAGAAAGUUGAAGAAGACAUUAGAUGGCUUAAAAAACCUUACUUUUCAACUGGAGUCCUUAGAGAAAGAAAAUUCUCAACUUGAUGAAGAAAACUUAGAAUUAAGGAGGACAGUGGAAUCUUUGAAAUGUGCAAGCAUGAAAAUGGCUCAACUACAGUUAGAAAAUAAAGAAUUAGAAAGUGAAAAAGAUCAACUUAAGAAAACCAUAGAACUCAUGAAAGCUUCUUUCAAGAAAACAGAACGUUUAGAAGUUAGCUACCAGGGUUUAGAUACUGAAAACCAAAGACUGCAGAAGGCUCUAGAGAAUAGCAAUAAAAAAAUUCAGCAGUUAGAAAGUGAACUACAAGAAUUAGAAACAGAAAACCAAACAUUACAGAAAAAUCUGGAAGAGUUAAAAAUAUCCAGUAAACGGUUAGAACAAUUGGAAAAAGAAAACAAACUACUAGAGCAGGAGACUUCUCAACUAGAAAAAGAUAAGAAACAGCUAGAGAAGGAGAAUAAGAGACUCCGACAACAGGCUGAAAUUAAAGAUAUCACACUGGAAGAAAAUAAUACUAAAAUUGGAAAUCUUGAAAAAGAAAACAGAAGUCUUUUCAAAGAAACAAAUGUAUUUAAAGAAUCCUGUAUUCGUCUCAAAGAAUUAGAGAAAGAAAAUAAAGAACUUGUGAAAAGAGCAACUAUUGACAAAAAAACUCUUAUUACUUUACGUGAGGAUUUGGUGAAUGAAAAAUUGAAGACUCAACAAAUGAAUAAUGAUCUGGAAAAACUUACCCAUGAACUUGAAAAGAUAGGGUUAAAUAAAGAACGUCUCUUGAGUGAUGAACAAAGUACCGAUGAUAGCAGGUAUAAGCUUUUGGAGUCAAAAUUAGAGUCUACACUAAAGAAAUCCCUGGAAAUAAAGGAAGAAAAAAUUGCUGCUUUGGAAGCUCGAUUAGAAGAAUCAACUAAUUUUAACCAGCAACUACGCCAAGAACUUAAAACAGUGAAAAAGAAUUAUGAAGCUCUUAAACAACGGCAAGAGGAAGAAAGAAUGCUGCAGAAUUCUCCUCCAAGAUCUGGUGAUGAUACUAAAUGGGAAAGAGAAAGUCAAGAGACAACUAGAGAGCUUUUGAAGGUUAAAGACAGGUUAAUUGAGGUGGAACGGAAUAAUGCUACCCUGCAAGCAGAGAAACAAGCAUUGAAAACUCAGUUGAAGCAACUUGAGACACAGAACAAUAAUCUACAGGCCCAGAUUCUUGUACUUCAGCGGCAGACUAUUAAUUUACAAGAACAAAAUACUACCCUUCAGACUCAGAAUGCCAAGCUUCAGGUGGAAAACUCUACCCUUAAUUCCCAAAAUACCUCAAUUACGAGCCAGAAUUCCCAACUAUCUGCUCAGCAGCACACGUUAGAAAAUGAAAAUGACUCUAUAGUCAAAGAAAGGGAAGAGUUGAAGUCUCUCUAUGAUGCACUGGUUAAAGACCAUGAAAAAUUGGAAAGUCUUCAUGAACGCCAAGCUUCUGAGUAUGAGUCUCUCAUUUCCAAACAUGGAACACUAAAAUCUGUACACAAAAAUCUUGAGGUAGAACAUAAGGACCUCGAAGAUCGUUAUAACCAGUUACUGAAACAGAAAGGACAAUUAGAAGAAUUGGAAAAAAUGCUCAAAGUUGAGCAAGAGAAAAUGAUGCAAGAAAAUAAGAAACAUGAAACUGUAGCUACAGAAUAUAAAAUACUUCGAGGUGAAAAUGAUAGGUUGAAUCACACAUAUAAUCAGCUGCUGAAAGAGACUGAAGUUUUACAAACUGACCACAAGAAUUUAAAGAGCCAGUUAAACAAUUCUAAAUUGGAACAGACAAGAUUAGAAGCUGAAUUUUCAAAGCUAAAGGAGCAAUACCAACAGCUGGACAUUACAUCCACUAAACUGAAUAAUCAGUGUGAGUUACUUAGCCAACUUAAAGGAAACUUAGAAGAAGAAAACAGACAUCUACUAGAUCAAAUUCAGACAUUAAUGCUCCAAAAUAAAACAUUAUUGGAACAGAAUAUGGAAAGCAAGGAUCUUUUUCAUGUUGAACAAAGACAGUACAUUGAUAAAUUAAAUGAAUUAAGACGACAAAAGGAGAAAUUAGAAGAAAAGAUUAUGGAUCAGUACAAAUUUUAUGACCCGUCACCUCCUAGAAGGAGAGGCAACUGGAUUACUUUAAAAAUGAGGAAACUUAUAAAGUCUAAGAAAGAUGUUAAUCGGGAACGUAUGAAGUCUCUAACAUUAACACCCACCCGUUCAGAAUCCAGUGAAGGAUUUCUUCAGCUUCCCCAUCAAGACAGCCAAGAUAGUUCAUCUGUGGGUUCAAAUUCUCUAGAAGAUGGGCAAACCUUGGGGACCAAGAAAAGCAGCAUGGUUGCACUGAAAAGACUGCCCUUUUUGAGGAACAGACCGAAGGAUAAAGACAAAAUGAAGGCCUGCUACCGUCGCUCCAUGUCCAUGAAUGACCUGGUGCAAUCCAUGGUCCUAGCAGGAGGACAAUGGACAGGUAGUUCUGAGAAUUUGGAGGUUCCUGAUGAUAUUUCUACGGGUAAAAGGAGAAAAGAAUUGGGAGCUAUGGCCUUCUCUACUACAGCUGUCAACUUUGCAACUGUCAACUCUUCUACAGGCUUCAGAUCCAAGCAGUUGGUUAAUAAUAAAGAUGCCACAUCAUUUGAAGAUGUAAGUCCACAAGGUAUUAGUGAUGAUUCUAGUACUGGAUCAAGAGCUCAUGCUUCCAGGCCGGCCAGUCUUGAUAGUGGUAGAACAUCCACUAGUAAUAGCAAUAAUAAUGCUUCACUCCAUGAUGUCAAAGCAGGUGCAGUUAAUAGUCAAAGCAGACCUCAAAGCCAUAGCAGUGGAGAAUUUAGCCUACUUCAAGAACAUGAGGCAUGGUCCAGUAGUAGCAGCAGUCCAAUCCAGUACUUGAAGCGGUAUACCAGAUCAAGUCCUGUGCUCCAGCAUAAAAUGCCAGAAACCCUAGAUAGCCAAGCCAAGAUGAAGGCUGGUUCCCCUGGGAGUGAAGUGGUUACUCUACAGCAGUUUUUAGAAGAAAGCAACAAGCUUACCUCAAUACAGAUGAAGUCUUCAAGCCAAGAAAAUCUUUUAGAUGAAGUAAUGAAAAGUUUAUCUGUCUCUCCUGAUUUUAUGGGAAGAGAAAAGGCAGUUAGCUGUGGUCUUGUUAGGUCAGUAAGUGGAAAAACCAUAGCUGACUUUUCUGAUGGACGAUCAACUAAGGCUGACCAGCUCGUGAGGCCCAGUCCUCGAAAGCCUGAAGAUUCUUACUUCAUUGGUUCUCCAGGAAAACUUACGUCAUCAAGCACUCAAGGAAAGGUCAAGUUAGUGAAAGAAACCUCUGUGUCACAACGACAAUCAAAAGAUAGUAACCCAUAUGCUACUUUACCUCGUGCAAGCAGUGUCAUCUCUACAGCUGAGGGCACUACUCGAAGGACAAGCAUUCAUGACUUUUUGUCCAAGGACAGUAGACAGCCUGUGUCAGUUGAUCCAUCACCAUCUACAGCUGAUAACACCCCAUCAACAUCUAAUGUGGACACUAUACAAGAAAGCAGGAAUUCAAAAAGCAGGUCUAGGGAGCAACAAAGCUCCUAAUUCUAUUGCCCCCACUACAUGAGAUGUGGGCCAAGUGAGAGAGAAAGUGUCCUUCAGUAUCUCAGUAUGAAGCCUUUAUUUCUGAAGUAACAAGACAGCCGACUGUAGGAGUCAUUAAAAACAAAAAAAAAAAAACAAAAAAACUUUAAGGGAACUUUUAACAAUCCUUCGUGAAUAGAGCAGGCAAGAAAUGCAAACCUUCCUUCCUUCCUUCCUUGAAUCAAGGAGCACUACCGGAUCAACUGCCAAAAUUUUUAGAAGGUCUUAGGACUUGUAGCACUUUGAACUGUUGGUAAGAUCUACUGAAUAAAGGACAGUUCUCCUCUCCCUGAGAACCGAGUAUUUUAUUGUUUCAAGAAUUACUCCAAGAACAAUCUACUUUCAUCAUUUGUUCAAGAAGUUAGCCAUUGAUUGCUCAAUGCUUCUGCUAAUUAGCCCAAAUCUAGCCAUUUAUAUUUAGUUCUGUAAAUCUAAAUUAAUGCUCUUGUAUUUUGUGGACUGUACAAUAUAUCCAGGUACAAAAAAUUUUUGGCAUGUCACUGCCUAUUUUUGGUUGGCAGACUGCAUGAUGUUACUCUUUAAAAAGUCCUUCCAAUUAUUUUGGUGCAUACUACAAGAAAAUUUGAGUUUGUGGGAAGACAUGUCUGAGAACUCUACAAUAAAAUAGGAGCUAUUAAAAAUUAGCACUGAAAUUCAUAUGCUUUCCAUGUUCACCAUUUUCAUCACAAAGGAACACUAAGCAAACAUACAUGGAUGUGGAUGUAAGCCAGUUAAUGAGUGAUUUUCUGGAACUUUAAAAAAUGAGGUGGUUUUCCCCUUCCCAACCCAACCCCAACCCCUACUCCCUCAACAAAUGGCAUUCCCAGGAUAAAGCUGUCUUACUCUAAAUAUUUUAACUCAUUUUCUUCCUUUGAUAUUGAGGUUUUUUGGUUUUUGUUAUUUUUACAUGAGAGCUGACUAUUGCUUAAGAGGUUUUCUUAUGGCAAAAAAAAUAAUGUAAAUAAUUUCAUAUGAUCUGCAUUUUGCCAGGAACUCAUUUAAUUAUUGAGAAUCAUUUAUUAAUAAAAAACUUUUUUGUCCUUUGUAACUUUACAUUAAAAUUGAUAACUAUUAUUGGUACUUUUGAAAUAUUUGUAUGCAUUUGUUACUCUAAACAUUUGCAAGAAGCACAAA